AUGUUGGCCAGGUAUCUGGAGUUGGAGAGCAGUGGGCAGCGUAAUGAGAUCCGUCUCCACUACCGUACCAGGGACCAGCGGCAACACACUGAGCUGUUCCCCUACUCCCUGGCAGACGACCAUUGGCACAAGCUGUCUGUGGCCGUCAGUGUCUCCCACGUGGUGCUGCACGUCGACUGUAACAGUCUUCUUCCACCAUGCGGUAUAAUGCAGGAUGUUCAGCUGGUCGUCAUGCCUCAAGGCUACAUCUCCCAGUGUCCAGACCUCAACCGCACCUGCCCCACCUGCAAUGACUUCCAUGGGCUGGUACAGAAGAUCAUGGAGCUGCAGGAUGUCUUAGCCAAGACCUCCAGCAAGCUGUCGCGUGCGGAGGAGAAGAUGCAGGGUCUGGAUGGUUGUUACUGUGAGAGGAGCUGCAGUAUGAAUGGAGUGCUGUACAGGGAGGACGAGGGAUGGACAGACGGAUGCAGGAACUGUUCCUGCUAUAAUGGUACAGUCCAGUGUGAGAGCAUCUCGUGCCCCCCUCCCCAGUGUCCCCCUGACUCCGCCCCUGCCUAUGUGCCAGGCACGUGCUGCAAAGAGUGUCAACGUGAGUAA